UUAGCGAUGGACUUUGAAGACUUGUUGAACGAAGUCGAGUCGGCGGUGCGCGGCACGAGCGCGCCCGUGAAGCCGGCAACAGCGUCGUCGUAUGCAUCCUCCAAGCCAUCCUCAGCCUACUCGGCCUCGUCGUCCUCGAUGACGAGUGCUCCCAAGCCAGCACCGUCGUCGUCUUGCAAGAGCCGCAUGCAAUCGGACCUCGAUGAUCUGCUCGACCUUGUCGCCGAGCCCGAGGUCGCAACGUCCGCCAAGAAGGCGGCGCCGAGAGAGUUCCAUGCCGGCAGCUCGAAAAAAUGCACGAGCGUGGCGCUGGCUGGCACAGCACUCAAGCACGGCCAGCACGUGAGCGCGGUCAACGCUGCUGCGUGCUCCAACCUGCGCUGCAACGACUGCGACUUCACCGUCGUUCAGUUCACCAACACGCGAUGGCACGCGUCCGCCGACUACAUGUUUUUUCGCGAAAACAUGCCCAACGAAGCCAAGCUCCGGGCGAAGAUGGAGUCCUCGUCCGGAUGCAUUGCGUACGCCUGCCAGUGCAAGUGGCUCAGCGUCUCGGACAAGACGACGCCCGAGCGCGAGCGCGUCAAGUGGUGCUGCGCUGGCCAUUAGCAACCCUAAUCCUCCACAUAUCGAUCUCUUCAUCCAAAGGCUACAACAUUGUAGACGCUAGAAGACUAGAGAUAGCAACGGACCGAGUCACGACCUACUG